AUGAAGAAAUGUCUUGGAGUAUGGCAGAGGAACACUGGUACUCAAGCACCCAUCCGACAACACGCAUUCGCGCUCACCGAUAGCAAGAUCCACUACCGCACUGAGGACCGCGGAAAGACGUGGGGCUUUUUCCAAGUUCCAGUACCACCCACUCUCGUCACCAACCCGCUGUCGUUCCAUUUGGAUUCCAAGAAAUGGGGUUCCAUAUUUUCUCAUGGAAAGCGUGUAACCGCCAAAGACAUAUUACACAAAAGAAGAUUGAGCGACACCCCACUGCUCCUCUCCAAAACCUCGCAUUAUCAAUUCACGCACAGUCGCAAAGACUUCAAAUGUGACCCACUCCAAACUCAUCUAUUGCGUCGAAGGUUUCCGCGUCCUCAGCUCCUCCAGCCACCUCUUCUACAGCACCGACUUCUCCAAGCAAGACCGCAAAGUCGAGGACUUUAG